AAGGGCAUGGACUGGAUUUCUUACAUUAAGUGCAAAUUCUUGCUCUGUUUCAGGUGCUGAAAUGGAACAUGUAUUUUUGAUUCUUUUACUCUUUAGUAAGGCCUUAUCAGGUGGAGCUCAAUUCAAUGGGUACAACUGUGAUUCCAACUUUCACAGCCGCUUCCCUGCGGAGAGAGAUAUCAGUGUGUACUGUGGGGUGCAGACCAUCACCCUCAAGAUUAACUUCUGCCCUGUCCUCUUUUCUGGCUAUACCGACUCUGACCUGGCCCUCAAUGGUCGCCAUGGAGAUGCCCACUGCCGCGGAUUCAUCAAUAACAACACCUUUCCCACCGUCGUAAUCUUUAGUAUGAGCCUGGCGACACUGGAGUCCUGUGGUAAUUCCCUGGUGGUCACCACGGCUCAAGGACCCAACGCUUACGGGAACCUAUCACUGGUGCAGAUUGGAAACAUAUCAGGAUAUAUAGAUACACCGGAUCCCCCCACAAUCAUCAGCUACCUGCCAGGCCUGCUGUACAAGUUCAGCUGCAGUUACCCACUGGAAUAUCUGGUCAACAACACACAACUGGCCUCGUCCGCAGCUGCAAUCUCAGUAAAGGACAGCAACGGUACUUUCAUCAGCACAUUGAAUCUACUGCUUUACAAUGACUCAUCAUACAUUCAGCAGCUGUCCAUCCCCAUGGCAGGACUGACCUUGAAGACACGGGUGUUUGCAGCUGUAAAAGCUACUAACCUGGAUAGGAGAUGGAACAUUCUAAUGGACUACUGUUACACCACACCCUCUGGAAACCCUAACGAUGACCUCCGCUAUGAUCUUUUCUUUAGCUGUGAAAAAGACCCCCAGACCACCGUCUUUGAAAAUGGGAAGAGCCAAAUGGGCCGCUUUGCCUUUGAAGUAUUCCGCUUUGUAAAGCACAAGAACCAGAAGAUGUCCACCGUAUUCCUGCACUGUGUCACCAAGCUGUGUCGAGCAGAUGACUGUCCAAUGCUCAUGCCAAUCUGUGGCAGCAGGAAAAAGAGAGAUGUCUCAGAGGGAAAGGAAUCAAACGUUGCAUCUGGGAACGCCGUCCUGACUGCCGGGCCUAUCAUCACUCGGAGUGAUGAAACGCCAACCAACAACUCUCAGCUGGGUAAGCCCUCACAUUUACUCACUCCAGUGUUUCAGAUAAACACAGUGACAAGUGCGCUCAUCUCAGGCAUGAUCAUCCUGGGCGUCAUGAGCGCUUGCUUCUUCAUCUUCUCCCUCACCCUCCUCAAAGGCAAGAGCACUCCUGUCAGCACCCUGUCUGGAGUUCGCAACCCAGCCUUCAACUGAUCGCCUCAACCCAACUUACUGCAGACACUCCUCCACAACCCACAAUACUAAGCAAGAGGCAAACAACAGCUGUGACAUGAUUGUGCAUGUAGUGAUUUUACGGGAGUAUAAAAGCUAAAUGUCGAUGUGCAUUAGUGUAGAAGUAAAGCAGGAAUUUUUAUAUGUCGUUCUGUACAUAGCGUUUCAAUAAGUGGCAGGCUAGGCCUCAACCUGCAUGUGAUCAUUUGUCAUGCAGCUUUGACCCACAUAGUGGGGAUACUCAUAACUUAAUUCAAUACCUCAGCUAUACAGCUUUCAAUUGCAGGGUAUGUAUAGGAUCAAUUUCAAAGCUUAUUACAUUAUAAUAUCUCAUAAUCUGCUGGUAAAACUUGCAUUUCCUGCUAAGAGGCCAAAAUAUAAGACCAGUUAAUUGAAAAUAUAACUUGAGAGACUGAGGGAAACUCUUCUGUGUAAAGUUAAGUUGAUUAAGUGAAUAAGUGAGCUAACCAAAAGCUUGGUCAUUAAGCUUAAGUUUUCUUUGCAUAAAAUCUAACUUUUAAAAUGACAUUGAUAUAAUAAUAAUAAUCUUUAAUUUAUUAAUAUUGCUAUAUAUUAGACCGAUAGUCUUAUGAUUAAUCAAUUGAUAGGUCUGUUAUCCCUAAAUAUGUAGUUCACUUUCUCACUUUAAAUUUUUCAUGCAGUAUGGCAGCAAUAAACUUGUUUAAGUUUAAUUUGUACAUGAACCCAAUGUAAUUGUGUAUAACUUUCCCAAAAUGUGUUCUAAAAUGCCAUCGAUGAUCUACUCCUGAAAUGUGCAAAUUAUGUACAAUUGUGCUUAUUGCAAAUAUUGCACUUUGACUUA